CAUGCAUGCACGGGAGCAACAGAUCCGUGCGCAUGCGCAAUUCAUUGUUUUGACUGAAAAUGCCGUCGGUUUCGAAAACGGCGGCCAAUGCGUCUCCUCAAACCGAGAAACCUACCCACUAUACAUACUUGAAGGAGUUCAGGACAGAGCAGUGCCCGUUGUUCCUCCAGCACAAGUGUACGCAGCACAGACCCUUUACGUGCUUUCAUUGGCAUUUUCUCAACCAGCGACGAAGGCGGCCCAUACGAAGAAGAGACGGGACUUUCAACUACAGCCCCGACGUUUACUGCACGAAGUACGACGAGACUACAGGCAUCUGUCCAGAUGGAGAUGACUGCCCAUAUUUACACCGGACCACUGGUGACACAGAGCGCAAGUACCAUCUACGAUAUUACAAGACUGGCACUUGUAUCCAUGAGACAGACGCUCGAGGGCAUUGUGUGAAGAAUGGCCUCCACUGUGCUUUUGCUCAUGGGCCACAUGAUCUCCGACCUCCAGUCUAUGAUAUCAGAGAGAUCCAAGCACAAGAGGCCCUCCAGAAUGGACAGUUGGGAUCUGGGGAAGGUAUUCCUGAUUUGCAGCCUGGUGUGCUAGCCAGCCAAGCUAUGAUUGAAAAAACUCUGACAGAAGAUCCCAGGUGGCAAGAUACCACAUUUGUUUUAGCCAAUUAUAAAACAGAUCAGUGUACUAAGCCCCCCAGACUAUGCAGACAGGGCUAUGCUUGCCCCCACUACCACAACAGUAGAGAUCGGAGGCGAAAUCCUCGAAAGUUCAAGUACAGGUCAACUCCUUGCCCUAAUGUGAAGCACGGUGAUGAAUGGGGCGAGCCCUCAAAGUGUGAAAGUGGAGACAGUUGCCAGUAUUGCCAUUCUCGCACUGAACAGCAGUUUCAUCCAGAGAUCUACAGAUCCACCAAAUGCAAUGAUAUGCGACAGACUGGAUACUGUCCCAGAGGACCGUUUUGUGCAUUUGCACAUGUAGAAAGAAUUCCUUCUACAGAAGAGACCAUGACCUCACUGCUAACAGCGAUACAGUCGAGUUCACAGUCCCAGCUGGGCUCUCAGCAGUAUUCAGAGUGUCCAGUCACUGAGUGGAACAGUGGAGGAAACUCCACCACCAGCACAACCAGUAGCAACGGACAAGUAGGAAGUGUUUCAUGUUCUAAUUGCUCAACUGUAACGCCAAGCUCAGGAAGUGACACUUUGUUAUCCCCAAUGGGAUCCAUCAGCAGCAGGCCCAAAUCCUUAAAUAAUAGUAGUUUAUGUUCAGAGCUCACCACAUCAAGUGUCUCAUCUCUGACGUCUAACUAUCCCAAAGCUCCGGGCUUUGAACGUGAAGAUCAGAUUAAGAACAAGGGGCAGGUGGAUCAAAAAUUGAUGGACCAAGAAAAACAGACACAAAAUACUGUAUUCUCUGUGGUGAACCCAUUGGCAUCAAGCUUUACCUCCAGUAUAACAUCAAGCUUGGCCUCUAGUAUUGGCUCAGACAGUUCUUCACCCACCACCUUAUCAACAAUGAAUGCAAAAGCCACUCCUUUCUAUCCAGGGAGCAACACAGUGGAGUCUGUCAUUGAUUUAUUUUGUUUCCCGUCAGGAUCCGCACUGGACCUCAACUUUAGUGACAUCAAUGUUGCAUCGCUUGAUAAGGAGUUAGAGGAGCAAGAUAACAGUAUGGGAAUGGCAGGUCAAAGGGUGCUUGGUGGAUCUGCUCCUGUCAACAUUCCUGGCUCCUUGGUGCGAUCAUCCUCUUUUAAUUCCUCAUCAUCGCUCUCCACCUCCCCGCUGAGUUCCCUCUCCCAGUCUCUGUCACAGUCCCUGCUGUCAGGGACUGUAUCUCAGCAAAAUCAAACUUCAAACAUGCUAGCCAAGCAAGAGCAUGGCCUUCUGGGAACACCUACCUCCUCUUCCCAGAACUCUCUGGGCUUGAACGGAGGAGCUAGCAACAUUUGGGACUUUGUAAGUGGCAGCUUUUCACCCAGUCCAUCUCCAGUUUUCAGCAGCCUAACCUCCACAACCAGCACUGCUGAUGUGGCCCGCCUUUUCAGAGAGCUGGAUGAGGCCAAGAGGAAGAUCAAACAAUUUGAGGAGGCCUGGCAUCAGGUGAAGCAAGCCUGUGAAGCUUGCCAGAAAGAUGCUCACGAGGCAAAGGAGCAAGCAAAAACGGCAGAGGCAGAGCGGCAGCUGGCAGAACAGAAAUGGGAAGAAACAGAGCGCAAGCUGAAAGAGCUCCAGGGGGACUUUGAUGCGCUUUGUCGCACCCCUGGAACACCUCUUCUACGUAGCUAUGGAGAGCUGGACCAGCUCCCCUUGUCUAAGCUUCACUCCAUCCAGAGUCAGCUGCGUAAUGACCUAGACCUUAUAGAUGGGGUAAUAUAUCAGCUUCAGUCAAAGAAAUGUAUAGUUUGCCAAAAGCAUGAUCGUUGCAUUGUUCUGCAGCCUUGCCAACAUUAUGUACUCUGUGAGAACUGUGCACCUAGUAAAACAGAAUGUCCCUACUGUAGAACAAAAAUAUUGAAGUGGUGAUGUAUAGUUACUUAAGGUACUAUUUAAAGAUUAGCCCUUUGAAAAACUACUAAUAGAUAUUACAUUUUCUACACAGCAGUGUCUGUUAGGAUGAAAUGAUGUUUGACUGACCGAACAAAUAGUAUUAUGAAUCAGAUUGCAUACAGGGGUUCCACUCAUUGUAGUUUUUGCUCAUUUUAUGUUCACUUUACAUCAGUUAGAUUGUUUGAUGUGAAUAAAUUUCUUGUCUCCAGAGGCAGCAUCUUCACUUUUGACCUUCACUGGUCAGUGACCCAAUGGCAACCACUGGUCACUAGGGGAAACAUGUAUGCACUAGUGGUUGCUGAAGGUUGCCGGCUGUUGCUAGGUGAAAUCAUUCAAAAAGAAGGUGCUGCACCAAAAGCCUCCUUGUCAUUGUUUCAGACACUUGCAAACAUCGCUGAGCAGUAGUGAAAUUUGAACAAGUGUGAUGCAAAUAAGAACAUUCCACUUCAAAAUAGAAGUUCUGCAUGAUUGCUGCAAUCAACGUGCAGCUUUUACUCUGAAGGUGAACACUUUGCAACGCUCUCAUUACAGUUUCACUAGCUGGCAAGUGUUUGCAGACGAGUCAGUGUCUUUCUUGCAAACCACAGACAACUACAGCAAUCUGCUAUGAACGCAAUCAAAAGGAGGUAUUCUGUGCAGCAUUGUAUACCUCCUUCCAACCAUUUUCAUAUAGGAACCUCCAGCAACAACUCAACUCAAUUGGUCAAGCAGUACUCAUUUUUCCCCAGUGAUCUGUAAUUGCCAGCUCCCCGCUGACCAGUCUCUAGACCUGUGUGACUGGGGCCUAAUAUGCUUAAAGUUGAUUAAAUUUGUAUAAAGCUAACACCAAAAUUUACCCCACUGUCACUGUAAAUUAAAUGUUUGAGAACAUUGUUUUUCUAAGAAAACAGAGGCUGAAUCUGAAUUUCAGCCCAUGUGGAUUAAAACAGUCCCAUGCUGUAAAAAUAAAAGAAACAAAAAUAAAGCCAUUAAUAAUAUAAACCAAAACAGCUUUACAGACAUUUCAGGUUAGCAUCUCAAAUGUGGCACAGUCUCUGUGUAAAUUAUGGAAACACAGUGGCCAGGAAAGGCUGAGGUUUUUCUGCUGAUGAUAAACAUAAAAUGGGCAAAACUCAAAGCAGUUAUGUCUUUAUUUAAAGAGGAAUUCAUCUAGAUUUAAUAAAGAAAAUCAUUUGGGAGCAAUUUAAGAACUCGGACAGCCAAACACCUGAAAGUGACUGAUGUCUAAUCCAGGAAUCACUUCUUUGUUUUAAGCUGAAUUAGUCAGGAAAUCAAAUCUGAUCAGGAAAAAAGAGGGUGGAGAACCAGACAGCAGUUCUGUGUCUACCUGAAUUAGUAUACAUUUCAUUAUUGAACACAGCUCUAUGAGAAGUGUUAUUGAGGAAAACCUUUCAUUUUUGGCCAGAUUAUGACUGUAGUAAAAACUUCAUAUGCAGAUUUUAAAAUGUUUCACAUCUAAUAAGGUUUGUCAUUUUUAAACCAACAGCGGUAAAUUUGAGCAAAUCUCAAAACACCAGUGCUGUAAAUUUAAAGCACUCCUCUUUAAUUAAAGUCAUGUUUUCUUAAACCCCAAAUAAAAUU